AUGCCGUGUGCCUGCAUCGACCAACGACUUUCCCACACGCCCCUCAAUCACGGCGGUGUGCUCCCACUGCCCCUCGAGAUACGCGAAAUCAUCCUCAGUCAUGUCCUCGCCCAUCUCUGCCCUGCCCACCUCUUCUCCCACUCCCUCAUAUCCCGCGAGAUCUACAGCGCCAAUAUGCCACUGGCGUAUGAAAAGUACCCCGUCGUCUUGACUGACAAGAACUAUCGGCAGUUCUUCUAUGGCCUUUUGCGUCCCACGGCUUUGACCGACCUCGAAGUCGGGCCGCCCUCCUUCAUCCUCUCUGACGCUUCCGCUUCCCUCUGCUUCACCAGCCCCGACAUACCACACAAGACCAAGCUCCUCGCGAGGGUCAAGUCCCUCCGUAUCGAGUCGCCCCAAGCAUUCUACCACGUCACCCUCAUGGUCCGCGAAUGGCCGCUCAUACGCGCAUGGCUCUAUGGCGAAGGCUUCAAGUUUGAUGUCGACUGGCGUCAGGUCAUGUUUGCAUCCUUGUGCGUCUUUGACAUUUCUUACCAAGUCGUCGCGGCAGUAAGCGCGAGCAAGGGAUGGAUGGAAUCUCUGCGUGCCCAGAAGUUUGGGCGAUGGUCAAAGACCGAGACGGGCGAGGCUCAUGUGGUCUGCCUGGACAUCCCCAAGGGCUUCCAAUCAGGCUCCGAGAUCCACAAAUCCGACAUGUCCUGGGUCAUCAGUUUCGCCUAUUCCCUCAUGGACACGUUGGACUAUCUCGAGCUCCGGAAUGUGGACAUGUCCAAAUGGCGCUGGAGCGAAUCUGCGUUCCGAGGCGAGCUGCCUUUGGAGAUCAAGGUCAUCAUGGCACCAGAGUGUUAUCUGAAAGAAGCCAGGCCAGUCAAUCCGGUGUUUCCUGCGCAGCAGAUAUGCUCUAUCUGGGAGGGAUGUCGGGCGUUCUAUAAGGCGCAUGAGGCGGUCAGUCGGAUGUAUGAAGAGGGAGCUUUGGACACCGAACCGCGCUUCCGGACCAAGUUUGUCUUUCAAAACUUUGGCGCCGCCACUCCCAACCACCCAACCCUCGUCUCGCUCAAAGAAUCUCUCUCCAUCGCUCUCACCGGUCUUCAACGCGAGAUCGGCCGAUGGUCUCUCUUUGAGCCUCUUAUCAGCAUACAAGCUCCCGUCUCGCGUUAUACGGAAGAAGGGGCAAAGAUCUGGAGUAUGGAGAUACCCGGUUAUCACGGGAGAAGGGAGGGGGGUGAGGACGAUCUGAGGAGGGUAUGA